CGCAAAGUUCCAUCAUCUUCGUGGAAGGCGCGAAACAAAACCACCUGUUGUACCCCCAAUAUAUAAUAAUAUUAUUAUUAUCAAUCAAACGUACAAAAUCUCCGAUUUUUCAGUGUUUACCAUACACAAAAUUCAAUGGCUCUCCUUUCAUACUUCACCUCCAACAACAAUCGAGAAAAUGGUAGGAUCCGGACGAUGAAAAAUGAAGACGUUAAUAAUGAUCGGAAGGAUUCUAGAAAAGAAUCUCCGCUUUCUGCCAUCGCACAAGCGUUUGAGGAGAUUUCGGAUUUGAUUAACAAAGGCGGUGAUGUUGAUGAUCUGCGAUUGAAGCCGUUUUGUGAGGCGUGUAGUAAGGUUUCUGUGUUGUUUAGUUGCCUUGGUAUUGCUUUUAAGUUUGCUGAAAUGGAAUACACCGCUAAGGUGGGUGAUCUUCUUGAAGCAUCAAAGAAGUUCAACACUUUAAGUAGUGUAGUUGACUUUGACCUAAAAAACAAGACGGUAAAAUCACAAGGGAGCCAUACUCGCAACCUCCGUAGAGUUAGGCAAGGUCUAGAUCUCAUACGAGAAUUGUUCCAGAAUUUUUUAUCAGCCGAGAAAUAUUCACUUAAAAAAGCAGCUACAACAGCAUAUCAACAAGUAUGCGCACCAUACCACACAUGGGCAGUUAGAACUGCGGUUUCUGCGGGAAUGUGUACUCUUCCAACAAGGGAACAACUUCUAUUGAACCUAAAUGAAACCGAUAAAUCAGCGGAUAAAGAAAUGAGGAGAUAUAUUAAAGCUUCAAGUGAUGUUAUAAAAAUCAUUGAUAAUCUAUAUAUUUCUAGAGGAAUUACAUUGGAUUGGUGAUUUUGUAUGAUCUAAGACGGGUCGGGUCGGGUUAGAUUAUGCACACAAUAUCUAGACUUGAUUUCUUGUAACUUAUAAUAAUCUCUAACCUGGGUGCCCUUGUGCCAACCCCCUUUCUCUUCUAACAUAAUGUUGCUAAUUUGAUAUCUAGUUGUGUAAA